ACUUUGACACCUAACAAUCUUUGCUAGAAUAUCCACUGGAAAGCGAGUGUAAAGAAGUGGAGGAAGAAGUCUUGACAAGCCGUUGCCUGGUAGACAAACACGCAUGCAGCCCUCCUGAGAAAUUUUCUCAGUAACGCCCUUCCUUGGCCAUAAGAACUCUCUUCGUUAAGAGGUAUUCACAACCAGUUUGAGCAGAGACAAUCCCAGGAAGGGGAAUAGAUUAGAUUAAAAUGGCUCUGGAGAAGUACUGUUUCCAACUGAGCACAGUAUCCACAGCCAGAGCAGCAGGUGUUUUUCAUUCUCCCCAUCCAUUUUCUCAUGACAAUAUUCUUAAUCUGCGGACCUGUAAUGGGUCGAACAAAUCCAUUCCAUCAUUCUGUGCCUCAUCUCCCAGGUGGCCCAGAUCCAGCAUUGUUUGCAAAGCCCGUAAAGUUUUAGAUGAGGUUCAAGUGGUGACUGAUUCAAGCUGGGAGAAUUUGGUGGUUGCAAGCGAGAGGCCAGUCCUGGUGGAGUUCUGGGCACCGUGGUGCGGACCCUGUAGGAUGAUUGCCCCUGUGAUCGACGAACUAGCAAAAGAAUCUGCACGGAAGAUCGCCUGUUACAAGCUCAAUACUGAUGAUAGCCCAAACAUCGCCUCCCAGUAUGGAAUCAGGAGCAUCCCAACCGUGCUUUUUUUCAAGAAUGGCGAGAAGAAAGAAGGCAUCAUUGGGGCAGUGCCCAAAUCCACCUUAACCGCUUCAGUAGAGAAACACCUGAACAUUUGAAGAGAAGAAAACCUUUGUGAUGCAAAGCUUUCAUUCAGACAAUUCUGUUUACAGAUUUUUCUUCGUGUAUAAAUUAUGCUUCAACAUUCCCAGCCCAGAUUUUCUUUUAACAUACAUUGUGUUCUAUAUACAAACUCACUGUUAAGUUCAA